UAGUUAACAUACUUAGAUUUGGUAACAUUAUAAACGGAUAGCCGAGCUAAGAUGGGUGCGAGACUUCAGCGAGCUCUAUGCUGCUCUUUGGUAACUGUGACCUGCUGCUUUUUGGUGAUAUCGUUUACACCGGAACUAGUUGCAGAACUUUCCAGCAAUCCUUUGCAAGUGGUGUCUCGGCUGAUCAUGCGUUCACAAUACCACCGAGGAAGGAAUGAUACGGGACUGAACGAGGGCGCAAAUAUGACCUUGAAGACCUCUUCGUCCAGGUCUGGAUCCAGUGUUGCUCAAAAGAAAUCGCCCUCCACAGCAGCCUCACCUACAAACCAGACGGCGACAUUGCUCAGUGGCCUGAAUGCGUUCGAAUGCACCAAGCAGACGUCUUGGAUAAACCAGUGUGCGAAAUCCUGCGUUUCCGGAUCCGGUCCAGUACCACGUAUAGCUCACGUCAUACAGAUUGGUGACAAGAUGGGAUUUACGCAAUGGCUUUCGAUUACGUCCGCAAUAAAAUUCCUUCAUCCUCGGGUAGUGUUUCUGCACCACAUAGGCAAACUCAGUACAUGCUGGGCAAGGCGUAUUCAAAGUCAUCCUCUUGUGCAGCUGAAUGAGGUCCAACGUAGUUCCUUGCCCACAGCGCUGAACGGAGCCACUGUUCAGUUUCUCGCCCAUCUGUCUGAUUUCAUGCGCACAGCAGCUCUGUGGCAGUAUGGAGGGGUUUACAUGGAUGUUGAUGCAAUCCUGACCAAGCCAUUCGAUCCCCUGUUGACGGCCGAAGCAGUGUUCUCCCGGCAAAUAGACGGCACGAUAGGGAAUGGGCUGAUCGUGGCGCGCAAGAAUUCCUGCUUCAUGUGUGCGUACAGUCAGCGAAUGUGCAAGGACUAUGAUGGUUCUUGGGCAAAGCAUAGUGUGCUCGCCGUCACCUCGCUACUGGGGAAUGCCAAACGGUAUCCGGCCGUGACUGUUCUGCCCCACAAAUCGGGCUUUUUCCCCUACAGUUGGUACGUGAACGACCUGACAUUACUGUUCAGGCGCGACGCGAAGGACUCCAGUUUCAGUCCGGGCUCCGUUUACGCCAUUCACCUGUACAACAGUGCGUUGCAAACACAUGGCAUGGCCAGCGCUUCACAGUACUCUGCCAUAGGCGCCAGUAAGACACCAUUCGCAUUAGCUGCAAGGAGUGUUUUGCCACCGUCAUUCAACGCUAGUUAUGCAGAUGAAACAAAAUGUCUCCAGAUCCCUCUUGCAUAGUCCAUUACCCAAAUUUCGUACCAUUAUUUCCUUCCCAGUUGUACUGGACAUUAAUUACACCAGAGUACAAUCUUAUGAACUAUUCUCAAACGAAGUACAUGUGCACAGAUUGUGCCUAUCUCUACGCUCUCUAAAACCAAUUCUGUUAUAGAUGCCGCCUCUGAAAGGUUAGCAAUGCCCAUCAUUUGCAUUGUGCAGUUUUAGACACGGCAGUGUACUGGGCACCGGCGAAUUAUGCCGGCAUAAUUAUUGGCAUAAUUUGGAGGUUGAACAUUUGGAGCAUAAUGAGGCAUCCUUUCGGAGGUAGGAGCAUAACUACAUGGUUGUACCACAAUUCCAGUAUGUAAGCUACACAAUUGUGUACAAUGCACCUGAUCAGUGCUGGUGGUCCGCAUGGUAAAGGGUUCGGAGUAGCCCUUUUCCAAAGAUGCUGGCCACUUUUUCGCAACUUUCCGUUGUUUUGCAAGAAAUCGCAACUUUCUUCAUUUUCACAAACUACUUCACAACUUCUCCGAAAAGGUGUGCAGAGAAGCGCGCUGGAUCGAGACCAUCG